UUUAAAUAGAUUAUUAACUAAAAUAAAUUAAUAUAUAGUGUACGACUAUUUUCGUUAACGUUUUUUUGAGUAUUCGCGGUGAAAAUAUCCUAAAAUGGCUGAAGAAACAACUGUGUCUAUAAUCAAAACUGAACCAUCAAAAUAUUCAAUAGAAGACAUUAAGCAUGAAUAUCAGGAUGAAUUUGAUAAGUCUGAAACGUGCCUGGAAAGAUUCAUGAAUUCCGAAGUAUCCAUAGAAGAAAAAGUCAAACAAGAGGUAAUUGAAUCAUCUUCUUAUAAUUGGGACAUCAGUAAUAGUUCAUUUUCAGAAGAACAUUAUUUAGAAGAGCAAACUGUACUUAGUCAAAGUGAAGGAAGGUCCUAUAAAUGUGAUAUAUGCUACAAAUCAUUCAGACACCCAUCAGUCUUGUUAAGACACAAGCUGAUCCAUACAGGUGAACGGCCCCAUGAGUGCAAAAUCUGCAAUCAGACAUUUGCCCAACCAGGCACUCUAAAACGCCACAUGGUCACCCACACUGGAGACCGUCCUUUUAAAUGUGAAAUAUGCAAUAGGACUUUCAACAAAUCAUAUAAUUUAAAACACCACAUGCUUGUACAUACGAAAGACCUCCCUUAUAAAUGUGAGACAUGCAGUAGAACAUUCAGACGAGCAGAUGCUUUGAAAACACACAUGCUUAUACACAAUGGUGUACGCUGUCACGAAUGCAAAAUAUGCAAUCAGACAUUCACACAAGCAAGCAGUCUCAAAAGGCACAUGGUUGCUCAUACCGGAGAGCAACCUUUUAAAUGUAAAUUAUGCAGUAGGACAUUCAAUAGAUCGUAUAAUUUAAAACAACACAUGCUUGUUCAUUCAGAUGACCCUUUUGAAUGUGGAAUUUGUAGUAGAAAAUUCAGACAAUUGGAUGCUUUGGAAACCCACAUGCUUAAUCAUAGUGCAGAACGACCUUAUGCAUGUGAAAUAUGCAAGAAAACAUUUUUACAGUCGAGUACCUUGAAAGAACACAUGGUUGUUCAUUUCGGAGAGUCAUCGUUAGAAAUUGGAAAAGAAAUUUACUUGUGAGUGCAAUUAAAGGUGACACAAGAUUAUUCAUAGUGUAGAUCGAAAUGAAUAUCAAUAAAAAUUGUAUAAACAGAAACUAACUGAGUGCGUUAAAUAUGAUAGUUUUAUAAGUAACUUUAGUUUAAUAUUAAGGGAAAUCAAA